AUGGGCAAGAGCUCCGACAACACAAAUUACACGAUGAACAAGAUCGAUCGCCUCAUGGAUCUCGUAGAGCAGGCGCUACCUUUGGGUAGGGACGAGUGGGAGCGCCUUGGCGCCAAUUACAAUGCCGGUCGCGCCCGAGGAUCCCCUGAACGAGAGUUUGCGGCGCAAGUUUAA